CUACUGUAUUCUGGGAGUAUGAUCUCCUGAGAGCGAAACACCUCGUCCAGACUCUCGAGAAGGUUGUUAGUAAACUGCGGACAACUUAAGUGACGCUUAGAAAUGUCGCGGUAAAGACCGGCCUCGAUCGGUGAGCCGACCGGAGCCAAACAAUGAGGCCGUUUUCCUGAAUUGGCCCCGACUGACCAACUCGAAGUAACGGGAUGGCAGCCAUCCGUAAGAAGCUGGUGAUAGUCGGGGAUGGAGCUUGUGGCAAAACCUGCCUUCUGAUCGUCUUCAGCAAGGACCAGUUCCCUGAGGUCUACGUCCCCACUGUGUUCGAGAACUACGUAGCCGACAUAGAGGUGGAUGGCAAACAGGUGGAGUUGGCGCUCUGGGAUACUGCGGGUCAGGAGGACUAUGACAGACUGAGACCUCUCUCCUAUCCAGACACUGACGUCAUCCUCAUGUGCUUCUCCAUAGACAGCCCCGACAGCUUGGAAAACAUUCCUGAGAAGUGGACCCCAGAGGUCAAACACUUCUGUCCCAACGUUCCCAUUAUCCUGGUUGGAAACAAGAAAGACCUGCGCAACGAUGAGCACACGCGUCGGGAGCUGGCCAAGAUGAAGCAGGAGCCAGUGAAGUCAGAGGAGGGCCGGGACAUGGCCGGCAGAAUUGCGGCUUUCGGUUACAUGGAGUGCUCCGCCAAGACCAAGGACGGCGUGCGGGAGGUGUUCGAGAUGGCCACCAGGGCAGCACUGCAAGCCCGCCGCGGAAAGAAGAGCAAUAAAUGUGUCGUGCUGUAAAAUGGCUGACAUAUUUGGACUGUUUUCACCCUGGGCUUCUGUACCCAGCAGCUCGGGAGGGACGGAGGGAUUACUAGAUGGGGGAGGGAGGGAGGGAGCAAGGGAGGGAGGGGAAGAAACGAGUGCAGUAAAUGACUACCGCUGUAAAAUGGCUGUUUGUUGGACUGAAUAUACCGGGGACUUGGGUUUGAUGGAGAGAAACGGGUGGGUGGGGAGGGGGAGGGGGGGGUGACGACUACCGCUGUAAACCAUUGGGCUCUUUACUGGUUUACCAUCACGUUGGGACAUUUCCACCAGCCACCAGCUGAAUGCUGGAACAUUUUGUCUUUUUAUCAAGCCACUUACACCGAUAAAGAUCAGUAGGAGAUCCUGGCCCACCUGACCAAUAUAAUUGUUUAGGUUGCUGGUUAAUUAUGGGAUGGUCCUGACUGUUCAGUAUGGACGACCACAACAAAAAGGUGUAGUUUUCUGUCUGGAUGACUUGACGGCUUAAUGGGAGCAAACAGAGUGCGUAGUAAAUGAGCACCAGUAGGGCUGUGGUCGAUGUGGAGGGGGUCAGGUGCAGGGAUGAGAAGACGAGACUGAAGCGUGGGUGGGACACUGAUGAGACUGUAAACACCAAACCAGGGCCAGACCUGCAGUUUUCAUAUACUGGGCGGGUUAUUUGAACAGCCCCAAAAAGUAGACAAAUCACAAGUAAACCAUUAAUCUAGUGCUAGUGUUAAUCUUUUAUGCUGGUUUGAACAGGUUUGAGGUUGAUAAGCUUACAGCUCAAUGAGUAAAAUAAGGCAUGUAAAAAAAAAAAAAAAUAUAUAUAUAUAUAUAUAUAAGUUUGUCGUUUUAUCCACAGUGUUAAACAAGUGGUCAGGUGCCCGGGUCUUAUGCGUCGUCUUAUCAGAGCGGCAGAGGAGCUACAUGCUCACAUGUCCAGCUCGGAGCCAUUUGGUCUCGCUGUGGCUAAUCCUGUUCUCACAGGGACAAACGCAUUGAGCUGCACUCCGGAUUCAACUGCAGCUCGUGCAGUUUGAAUUGAGAGUGAAAUUGCCCUCGGUGCUGGUUGUAAAGCAAAGCUGCUUCAUUUUUUUAAAAAAGGACCCACAUGCUGGUCUAUCUUUACCAAGGCUGGUUUGUCUACUUUUGGGAGGUGAGCAGCUGAUCGUUAAACGUUCUGCAGACCGCAUCGGUGGAAGUGGAAAAAUGACAAAGGUAGUUUUCUGCCCCACAUAGUACAAACUAACCAAACUCCACCGCGGCUCGACGCCUAUCCCUUCCUGAUCCACACUGCUGGUGCUCAUCUUCCCCUGGUUUGAGACCAGGACAAAUAACAAGGAGAGGAGAGUAUUGUGUUUACAAGCACACCCACACUGAGCUCCUUAUUUGGGACUUUUUUUUUUGUGCGUGUGUAGGCAUGUAUAAAGGUCAAGUGUACAAUUACCCAUAACUAAUUCAUGUUUGAUAAAAAGAAGGUGCCUGGGAUAUACCAUGUUAUCCACCGUAUAUACAUGUUUUACCAUCUGCUUGAACCGUUCAACUUAUAAAAAGACAAACAUGACACACGUGGCCCUUUUUUAUUUUUUUUUAUUUGUUUUUAUCCAGAAAUCUGUGCAUGGAAAUGCCAGAAUUGUCAGGUUGGGCUGCCGGAUAGAUUUUGGAGUUUAAAAAAAAAUAAUUUGCCGGUGAUCUUCGUCACCAACCGUCAGAGUGAGAAUUAUCCACCUGUCAUUACAAUUGUUGAAAGGUCUUUCCCAUUGGCCAGUCAUCUUUGGGGUUGCUCAGCAACCAGCCUUCCCUGACUCUUCUGUGUGUUUUACUGGCAGAUUCAGGCUCUCUUUACAGUGUUGAAUCCUCCUGUUCUUCUUCCUGGUCUACAGGGAGGAGCCUGUUCCAGAAACUUGUUGUUUUUCUACUUUUUAUUUCAUCCUUUUUAAAAAAAAAUAAUAAUAAUGUUGUCUAUCAGUAUUUAAAAUAAGAGGUGCAAGACUAUGGGACUGCUUAUGUGUCGUCGCGUUAGUUAAUUCUUCUUUUGUGCUUUACCUGAAUCUUUCUGAUUUAAAGUUGGUUGCUAGGACCCAUCGAUCAUCCCUGCCAAAUGCUGUUGUUAGGCAGUCAGGAGAAAGGCUGGCCUCUCGGCUGCCUGUCUAGAGCAUCGCCGGCUUUUCUCGCUAUGAACACAAACUUGGCUGAAAAGACAAAUGGGGGACAAGUCUCCUUUAUUAUGUACAAAUCAUUUUAUUUCUACUUUUAUUGUAUUUUUAAAUCCUAAUUUUGGAUGCUGAAGCCGUGAUGUAAACCAUGAAACGGGAAAAACCAAGCUGUAUGCAAAGUCUGUAAAUAUAAAAUGUGGGUUUGUUCAUACUAGACUAUACACACGCACAGGACUGGAAACUGUAUUUGUAAACUAGCUUUGGUUUGUGUAAUAAAUUACUUUCUAUAACA